AUGAAGCUCCUUCCAGCCAUCGUAGUUUCGCAGCUCCUCGCCAUCGCCGCUGGCCAAGCCGCGGUCAACGAGGCGGAGCCCGCUGCCGUAGCGGAUGCGCCCCAGACGGUCCCAACGGUAGGCGCCAACGACCACCCACCCCCGUGCAUCCCGAAGCACCAUCACACGAACACAGAUCGGAAGAAACUACACCCGACCACGGCGCCCGCGAAGCCUUCGGCUACGACUAUCCCGACUUCUGAGAUGCCCGGCUACGAGGAGGCCCAUGGCAGUGGAUACGGUUACGUGAGCCCGGUCUGGGCAAGCUGGAACAUUGUUUGGAGGAAGUGUCCCGAGCAGUCAAGCUUUGAGUCGCCGCCUGUAGAGCUAGAUUCAGAUCCAGAGGUUGUGCCGGCGCCCGUGCAGCCGCGUCGCAGGCGUAACCCACUUCCGCUCCACAUGCGGUCCGAAAACGUGGCGGGCGAGGCGGCGGAAAACUAG